CAAGAGGCGCAACCUUAGGAUGGCCUGUGCACCCCGCAAGAGAAAGGAGAAGUUUUCUCCUUUGGAGCUGGAGAUUUUGGUGGCCGAAGUUACCAAGAACCACUCGAAACUCUACGGAAGCGAGAGGGUCAACCUUAGCCAGCCGGCAAGAGAGAGGAUCUGGUUGGAGAUCGCCAAGAAAAUCAAUUCCGUGGCAAGGUCUCCGAGAACCACCAGAGAUCUGAGGAGGAGAUGGGACGAUAUGAAAAGACGGACUAAGGAGAAGCUGGCUAUUAUAAAGAGAUCUGUUGUAUCUGGAGGCUUAAGUAGGAGCCCAUCGGGAAUGCAUAACGAUACGAACAGUGAUGUUUAUCCUGGAUAUGGCAACGAUGAUGACGAAGAUGACCAUGAUGACGUUGAUGUGGAAAUUGAUGCACCUCACAUAGCUCUGGAGCUUCAGUCAGAUGAAGAGGAAAAUGGCCCAGGUUGCACGUGGGUGCCUCUUAAAACUAUAGAAAUGGUCACCACCGAGCCAGACCUGUCUGACCACCCGGUGAUUAUUCAGACUUCAGCAUCAUCUCCGUCACCUCCUUCCUCCCCUCAAAUGCAGGCGAAAUCCACCUACAUGAGAAGGCUUUCUCAGACGCCUCCGCACCCGCGCCGAAAGCACGAAGUCUCCGAGUUUGAGAAGCAGCUCAUGGAGAGUCAGAUCCAGCAGAACACCCUUUUGUCUUCUUGGUACCAACAACAAACUUCUUUAAUGGUGCAGCAGAACCUCAUCUUAGAAAACCUCGUGGAACAAAGUAGACGAUUAGCGGAUAAUGUUGAGAUUUUAAAUCGGACCUUGGAGAGGAUGGUGGACACUAACCAUUCUCGCAGGGGAGCUGGUCAUUUUGUAAAGGAUCGAGCGCCAGGUUCAUCAACCAGGUCUUCCUCUCGAGCAUCGGGGGGUGGUGAACCAGGGGGACAGUCUGGAAAUGAAACUUAUUCUGGCAUGAUUCUAAAAGUCGAGGAGGAACUGUAA